AUGGCAGAAUUUGACGAAAACGAUCCACUUCAACUUUUGAAACAGUAUGACAACAAAGAUUUGGCACCUCAGAUUCUUGAUGCUGAUGGUAAUGUUGUCUCUACACUUAGAGAGACCAAGUACAUACAAUUUGAUUCGAAAAAGUUCGACAAGGACAUGAUCACUAAUUUCCGGAGUGCCGCCACAAAUGAAUUACUUCCACUUUCUGUCCUUUAUCAUGCUACCGUCACUAAGAAACUUGAUUUGGUCCACUACAACGAGGAUGCUACUAAUGAGAAAUUUCAAACGCGUUUGGGUUUCGUUGACAGAAGAAACUGGUUGGAUUUCAUAAGAGGUAAAGGUUCAUACGUCCGACUUUCCGAGAAACGCCCUCUUGAAGAUGCCACUGAUGCCGAACAGCGAUUGGCAGCGGAACGAAAGCGUCAGAGAAAGGCCGAAUAUGAAAAGGACAAGAUAUGGAGGGAAGUUUACCGUAAGACUCGAGAACUUUCACCAAAGUCACCUUGGGAAGAAUUCCUCGAAAGCAAAGCCAAAGAAGAAAACUAUUCAUUUUACAUACAACUCGCUGAUGAUUAUUUUUUGAAAAUGAAAAAGGAUUCAUCUUCACAAGAUCGAGGUGCACAUCCCAGACAACAGGAUUCGGUGUCAAGGACACAUCACCGCUCGUCAGGAAAAUCGAGAGCGCCUAAAGUCCCAUUAAUUCUAGUGCCUUCCGCACCUUCUGCUUUCAUUACGAUGUACAAUGUUAAACAAUUACUCCAAGACGAAAAAUACGAAGAUCAAGUGAAGCUUCGUAAUGAAAAACCUAAAGAACGGUUGAUUAAGAUCAAUCAUAAGGGAAGAGUGUAUGAAUUUACAGACACUACCGACGAUCUACAAGAAUCCGAUUGGGAUCGAGUCGUAUGCAUAAUUACUGAUGGUAGUGAGUGGAUAUUUAAGAAGUACAAGUGGAAAACUCCUCAAGACACUUUCCGAAACAUUCCUGGUGUUUAUUUCAAAUUCUUUGGUGAUGAUAUCAAGAAAACCGUCAAGACGUGGAGGAAUGUCCAGUGCAUCGACAUUCACCGUGAAUUUCGCCAUAGAGAUCCAGAAGCAUACAUGGAAUUUUGGAAGUUGGUAGAAAGGGCCAGAAUUUAA